AUGCAAAACGAUAAUGGAUCUUACGGCAGUGCUAGUGACUUACUGGACAGCCAUGUACUGGGCAACGACAAGCUUGGGGGCGUACCAGCGAUGGAGAGAUCCAGGUCUAGUCUGGAUGCUAAUAGUGUCGAUAUAGGGGAAAUAACGGAAUCUCCUGAUACAGAAUAUAUGAGCACAUCUGCAAUUUUACAUUAUUGCAAGUCAAAGAUAUUAGUCCCAUAUUUAAAACUUUUAACAAUAAUGGGCUUAAGGCCUGUAGUUGAUGCUUCAAAUUCAUCGAAAUAUACGAUUUGUUUUUCGCAUUUUCAUUCAGCUCAAGUAGCAGUAUUCAUGUUUUUAGGGUAUAUAUUACAAUAUAUGGCCUGUUUCAGGAGAGACAGAGGUUUUUGUUACAAAUUAGUGCCGCUUGCCCUCACAUCAUCGUUAGAGUAUGAUGCUUAUAAACAAAUAUGUUAUGGAAAUGUUACUUUCACAUAUAUAGGACCUAGUAUUCUCCAUUUUACAGGUUUUUUAUAUGCUCUUUAUUUAUUUCGAAUAUCAGACAAUGAACAAUUACAAAAUCUUAUGGAAAGGGUAUUUCUUUUAUCUUCCUACGCCCCGCAAAGCAUGCCUACUGCUAACCCAAAACGUCUUCUGCGUAUGUUGUGGUUCUUCAUCAUACUCAGUGUCUUCUGGAUGUGUGUGUCGUUAUGUUCAGUCAACUUGAUGUUGGCUAGGGGGACCAUUAUGUUCAGAUGGAUGGAAACAAGCUCCAAUGAAGUGAGACUUACAUUGAAAAUACUUCUUAUUAUUUGCACGCUGAUUCACGACAUGGUGCAGGCGACCGUCAUAACCAGCUACUGUUUACAAGCGCAGUUGUUACAAGCUCAUCUUAUGUUUCUCAAGGAACGACUCCUUAAUAGAACAAUUACUCCUUUAAAUUGGAUGAGGGAAAUAGCGGAAUUUCGAAAGUUGCUCAAAUAUUUGAAUGACGAUCUAGCGCCUGCUGUAUGCCUGUUUACUAUUGUCAAUAUAUCGUGGGCGGCGUCGGGCCUUAUGUGGUUGUUUGAUCUGGACAAGGUGGACACCGAGACGGAGCCUAUUCCUGGUAUCAGCAUUCUAAACCAAUUACUUUGGUUAUCGGUGGUUAUGGUACCAUUUGUGCAGGCAGCGAGGUUAUCAAAAGAGUGCCGAAACACGCAGUCUGUAGGUCACGAGUUGUGUGUCCGACCCUUUUUGCACCAGGAUACCUCACAGGAGGACAUCAGCACAGUACUCAUGUACGCCGCGACACUGAAGCUUCGUGCCAAAUUAUUCCAUUUCCCCAUCGCUGGCAAAUACGUAUGUCUCCUUCUAACAAUAGCUGUUAUUGUUCUUUUCUCAUUAAGCAUGUGUCACUAUUUACAAUAA